AUAAUGAUUAUUAUUCCAAGGAACCCUUCUGCGAAGUAUUCGAAAUUGACUUGUCCUCUUGCCCUAGCGCUUAAAAUAAUAUCUUCAUCAAACCUUCUAGGCGAAGUAUCCAAAGUAAAGCCUUGUGAUUGAAUCUGAAAACAGUUUGUCUAGUUCCCUGAAAGACUGAUAAAACGGAAAGGCCUUUCUGGUGUUUCGUGAGUGGGAAAGUGAAGGAAAAUGGAUAUGAGUGUUGUUUUGCCUGAAGAAUGCAUAUCCAAAACAAUCUCCUUUACAUGUGCUCGAGAUGCGUGCAGAUUCUCAGCGGUUUCCCCUGUGUUCAAAUCAGCUGCGGAUUCAGAUGCCGUGUGGGAGAAAUUUAUGCCGUCUGAUCACCGGGAGAUCAUUUCCUGUUCGGCCUCGCCGUCGUUGCUGACUACUAACUUGUCGAAGAAAGAUCUUUAUCUUCAUCUCUGCCAUAACCCCAUCAUCAUCAACGAUGGUACUAUGAGCUUUUCAAUUGAAAAGGAGAGCGGAAAAAAAUGUUUCAUGGUUGGGGCCAGAGGGCUUUCUAUUAUAUGGGGAGACACAUCUUCAUAUUGGAACUGGCCAUCUCUACCGGAAUCUAGGUUUUCUGAAGUGGCUGAACUCAACUAUGUGUGGUGGUUUGAUGUGAAGGGAAAGAUAGACACCAAAAUUUUGUCCCCCAAAACCACCUAUGCUGCUUACCUUGUGUUUAAGCUUGCUGAAUCUACGUACGGUUUUAGAACUAGACCUGUGAAAUUGGGUGUGUAUUUAGAAGGAAUAGAUAAUGGGGAGAGGUGCAAUGUGUAUUUAGAUCCUCCGAGAAAUACGCCAACACUAUCUCAAAACAGAGGAGAUGGAUGGAUGGAGAUUGAGAUGGGUGAGUUCUUCAAUGAAAACGGUGAUGAGGGAACUUUGAUUUGUAGUCUUUUUGAUUUUGAUGGAAUGAGUACUAAGCGUGGCAUCAUUAUUGAAGGAAUUGAGCUCAGGCCCAAAAAUGGUAAAUAAUAUGAUUAUGUUUAUGCAGACAUAUCUCGUGUAAUAACUUAUAUGUACUGAUGUUAAGAUGAAUUCAAGCCCUCUUGAUGGGCAUUAAUUGCUUUUUCUACAAACCAAAUUUGAUGUGGAUAAU